AUGACGCCCGACGGCGGCGACGGCCUCUUGCUCGUCUUUGCUCCCGGAGAUUUGGGGUCCAGAUUAUCGGGUAAGGGCCCGUUUGGGAUUAAAGGUGACGAUCGAUUUCUGGGUAUUGAAUUUGAUACUGAAAUGAAUGGAGAUAUGAAUGAUUUGAAUGCUAAUCACAUAGGGGUAGAUGUUGGUAGCUUUGUAUCUCUAGCUGUUGGUAAUGUUUCUGAAUUGAAUUUGGUGCUUAAUAGUGGAGAAAAGUUGAAAUGUUGGAUCGAUUACGAUGCUAGUUCGAAACGAUUGGAGAUUAGGCUAGGCAAAAUGGACGAUUCGAGGCCUUAUACUCCGAUUACGGCAUAUGGGAUAGAUAUGUCGGGAAUGUGGAGAGGUGAGGAUGUGUAUGUAGGUAUUAGCUCCUCGAAUUCGAAUGGAAAUUCGUCACAGAUUAGCAGUGUGUAUUCAUGGAAUUUUAGGCUUAGAAAUGUUCCCAAGUCAAUGCAUUCUCUGCCGGUGAAUCCGAGGGGGUAUGUGGAUGGACAUGGUGAGAGUUUGAGCGUGCAGAAGCGGGGGAUUUGCCCAUUGACAGUUCUUGCCAGGAUGAUCUUCGUGACUGGGUGUGGGGCAUUGGUGGCAUUUGUGAUGCUGUUUUUGUGGGCUAUUAUCAUCAGUAGGCACACGGAGUUCCCUGCUGAGUUUUCUCCAAAGCCUGUGGAGUUUAGGUACGAGAAGAUCGAUGUAGUUGUAGAGAAAGAUGCCGAUGGUAUUAAGUAG